GCGCGGCGCAGGCGCGGGGCUGAGCGGCACCUGCGCCCCGCGGGCCGGGCGGCGGCGGCGGCCGGAGGGCGGUGAGGGCGAGUGACUGAUACACUGGAGGAAGGUGUUCCCUGGACAGUCCUGGAGACAGAGCAGGGGUCAUGUGCUGCAUCCAUUUGGACCCGAUGAAGGACUUGAGUGCCCGCAAGUUUGUCCAGUUGCUAGCUCUAAACUCUCUAAUAAGAGAGAUUAGAAUGAUACGAUCUCUCUGAAAAGAGACAUCACCUCCUAUAUACAAAACUUCAGAAAUGGGGAUGGAAAUGCCAUAUUCUGUUCUUCUGCAGAGCCCACAAGUCAAAUGGUACUAUUUCUGAACCCUGCAGAUUGCCUUGGUACCUUGCCCCUCCAUCCUGCUGCGAUGAGCGGGAAGUCCUUGCUCCUAAAGGUCAUUCUCCUUGGAGAUGGUGGAGUUGGGAAGAGCUCCCUCAUGAAUCGGUACGUCACCAACAAGUUUGACUCGCAGGCGUUCCACACGAUUGGGGUGGAGUUCUUGAACCGGGACCUGGAGGUGGACGGGCGUUUUGUGACCCUCCAGAUUUGGGACACUGCGGGACAGGAGAGGUUCAAGAGCCUGCGGACGCCCUUUUACCGGGGCGCAGACUGCUGCCUGCUGACCUUCAGCGUGGAUGACCGGCAGAGCUUUGAGAACCUCAGUAACUGGCAGAAGGAGUUUAUCUAUUAUGCUGAUGUGAAGGACCCUGAACACUUCCCAUUUGUAGUCCUGGGCAACAAGAUAGACAAACUGGAGAGACAAGUGAGCACAGAGGAGGCCCGGGCGUGGUGCAUGGAAAACGGUAACUAUCCGUACCUGGAGACUAGUGCCAAGGAUGACACCAAUGUGACAGUCGCCUUUGAGGAAGCCGUGCGACAGGUGCUGGCGGUGGAGGAGCAGCUGGAGCACUGCAUGCUGGGCCACACCAUUGACCUGAACUCCAGCUCCAAAUCGGGCUCUUCCUGUUGUUGAGAGCGGAGCCAGCGGCUGGAUCAAACCCACCUGGGCAGCCCUGGGGCGCUCUGAGGAGAGUGGCUACAAGGACAAGAGGAGGUUUGCUCACUGGGGAGCUGCAGCCUCACCAUCUGAAAUCCUGCCUGGAGUUUUCAGGCACAAAGCAUGUAUCUGCAGGAGGGAGCUGUUAACAGAGCAUGUGAGCAUAGUCUUGCUUCCAUCUCUGCCUGUUUCAGCAGGUUUAAAGGGCUGAGUUAAAGUCCUUUAAAUUCCCUAAAGACAGUAGGGAUUUGUUCUGUACCAAGAAUUGCCUGCAGAGCAAAGCUGAGAGCAUCCUAGACACUGAAGUAUUUUAGUCCUGAAAUAAAAAAAAAAAAAAUAUUAGACCCACUCAUGACUAUACUGCCAAAGGAAAUCCCACUCAAUGUACUGAACGAAACCUGUCAUAAAGACUCUGACCCAUGUGACUGUAGGAAAGCCAAAUACUGGAGUGGCUGGGAUGUGUGUCUGUUGUUUGGGAUAAGUGUGUUGUGUCCCGAGGCUGAAUUGUGAUGAGAACUGUCAGAGCUCUGGCCUGAAGCAACAUAUGAAGGAGACAUUGGCCUGUAUUUGAAUGUGACAGUAUUGUUUCUUCAUAGCUGCCUAUUUCUGGUCUGUUUUUCCUCACCUCUAACUUUGUCUUGUGUGAGUGUUAUUUUUUGGAGAGACUGUCUGCUUGUUGUGUAAUACAUGUUUUCCUUGUCUCUUGUGGAAGCUCAGCCUUGAAGCCCUGGGUGAAAAACUCCAAUUUGGUCGCUCCCUGGGUCAUGUCAAAGGGUUACUCAGGAGAUCUGGAGUAUGACACUUCAGCUGGUUUCUGUCACAAGUAAUCACUGUGUUCAGGUGAUGUGCUCUAGCAGACCAGAUGGCAGGUGGGUGGGGGCCUCACGUGUGGUCAACUGUUAAACCCACUCCCUGUCUGACACCAGUGACCAGCCACCAGUGCCUCAUUAGCUGGCACAGCCAUGCCUUCAGUUGCUCUGGUGUGGGUGUUUCCAUCUGAAUGCUGCAGCAUGGAACCAUUCACCUGCUGUGUCAGGCACGGUGCUGCAGGCACAGUUAGCCCAUGCCAUCAGCCUGGCCCUUGAUCCCUCAGAGGAAAUCCAGGAUGCUUUAUCUGUAAUUCCUGUGACAAACUGGUCAAGUGUCUGCUCGAUUCACUGGCUGCUGUGUUCAGUCCAGUGGGGAGAAAGCUGCACCGCUUUCUCUGUUCAAGGUGGCUGAAAAAUGGGCACGGGGGGGCCCAAGGAGCCUUCUAGAAGGGAUACCAGGCUUUGCUCCUAUUUCCUGCCCUCUGCUAGGUGUUAGUUAGUCCCAGGCUGGCUGUGUAGCAGAGAUGAGCUUGCUGACUGCUGUCUUUGCCACUCAAACCUCGUGCCCUGCAACCUCCCAUGCAAGCAUUUGGCCAAAGCUGUGACUGCCCACAGGCAAGUAGGAGCCUGCCCCGAGCACGUAUCCACUGGCUGCUGGGUGAUUCCCACUGUGAUCAGCUGCUAGAUGGUAAAUUUUAUAGCUCAAAUCGAGCAACCCUCCCUUAAAGCUGUGCUUUAGAGCAGGGCAGUCUCUGCCCUGUGCUGCCAGCUUGUCCCCAUCACGGCAGAGUCUCUGAGCAUGCAGAGCAUGAGCAUUUCCCCUCAUUUCUUCUGGGGUAACCCAGGGAGAUCUUGCCCUUGUCUGCAGGGUAACCAUGUGUGGAAGGGACUAGAGUAUUAAAGCUUUAGGGGGAUCUAAUUUCUAAACAGGCCUGAACAGUUGUGUUCAUGGAGAGUGAAUGCUAUUUAGGCAGCUCCCUUAAGGAGGAGGUUCUGCCUCUGUAGGUGAGAGAUUUUUACAGGAUGUUAUUGUUACUGUUUAUUUAACUGUGUCUGACCUCCUGAGGCCUCUGGAUUUUUCUUCAUUAGCACUGCUUGAUAUUUCCUUCAAGGUCCCAUGCUCUGUGACCUGUGGUUCCAGUUUCCAUCCCUGAACAGGCUCAUUCCCUGGAGCUGGUUUGUGCAGGGCUCAGGGUCAGAGCAGACUCAAGCCCCUGUGUGCUGGCCGGCCCUGCCAGGGACACUGCUGAGGGAGCUCCCUGCAGGUGAAACUGUCACUUUCCCAUGGAUUUCUUGGCAUCUGUGUGAGGACUGGCACCUCUUAUGGAAGAGGGCAGAGAUUCAGCAUGCCACAGUGCAGGAAGCACAUGUGCAGUUGUUUGCAGUACCCUGUGCGUGUCAACGCUAGUAGCUAAAGCUCAAGAGCCUCAUUGUGCACGUGUUACACAGCACCUUUUAUUUCUAACAGACAUUGGAUCAUUUACUUUUUUAUAUUAAACUCCCCCCCCCAUUACAUUAAGGCUUACGUGGGGUUUUUUUUAAAAGGUAGAGUAUAUUUCAAUUGUUUAAUUUAUUUUAAAUGAAACGCACAAUUCCCAAAGGAGCCAGGAUUUUGAACUCUGUUGCAAGUUCAGUGCCAACAGCCAUCCCUUCCCCCGUGUUCCCUUGUGCUGCUGCGGUUGUUGCUAUUGCUACAGAACUGGAAUUGUAAAACCAAGAUUCUACCUUUAUUUAAGCAAAUAAAACAUGGAUGUAUUCAAGUGA